AUGUGUAGGUCUAGUGCUCGAGAUUCUAGACACACCGCAGAUAUAGUAACUUUCUAUGGAGUUGUGAAGGAGAUCAUACUGUUAGACUACCACAUGUUCCAGGUUCCUCUAUUUAGAUGUGUUUGGGCCAACAAAGGGAAUGGAGUGAAAGAGGAGGAGGGAUUUACUUUAGUUAACCUACAUAUGAACCAGUCAGCGUUUCUCCAAGAUCCAUAUAUCCUUGCAUCACAAGCUAAACAAGUUUUCUACUCAAGAGAGGAUGACACCUCUCCUUGGUACGUAGUUAUGAGGGCGCCACCAAGAGGUUAUCACGAGCUAGAGACAGAAGAAUAA